UUGUGUAUUAUAGGACAAUUUUGAGAAAGAUGACUGAAAAUAACUUUAUUCCUCCAAAAUCACCAAAGGAUCUUUGUUUUAAUGAAUUAGAUUUUACACAGAAAUUAUUUGACGCUGACAAAUUUCUGCAAGAACACAGAAAAAAUGUUAGUCUGGAAAAAAUGAGAGACGAUCUUGGUAUUUAUUUAAAAAUACUUAGAUCGGCUAUGAUAGAACUUAUAAAUAAAGAUUAUGCCGAUUUUGUUACUCUUUCUAGUAAUUUAAUUGGAUUAGAUAAAGCUAUUAACAACUUAGAAACUCCUUUAGGUCAACUAAAGGAAGAAAUCAUGCAAAUUAGACAAUGCUUAGACGAUACAAUAUUAGAAAUGACAAAUAACUUGGAUAAACAUAAAGAAAUCAGAGAGAGAAAGCAAUGUGUAAAUAGUUUAAUUAAAUAUCAUAAAUCAAUAUCAAAACUGUCCAAUAUUCUUACAUUAUGCGAUACACCCGAGAAUGUUAUAAAACCAGAUGUUUUGGAACGUGCUGCAACAGAAUUCAAUCAAUUGAAAUUUCAUACAAACCGAUGUCAAUCUGAGCUUACAACUGAACAAAUUAAUGAAAUUAAUGGAUUAGAUAAACGUCUUAAAACUCACUUGGACACGCUGCUUGUCACCUAUGUCACUCAAAAGCAAUCAGCAUCAUUAAUUCGUUGUUUGAGAAUUUAUGUAAGUCUUGAUAAAAUAACGGAUGCCGAAGAGAUAAUAAGGAAAAAAAUUAUCGUACCUGCUGUUGAAAAUAUCAUUAGUGAAUAUAGUUUUCAAAAUGAUCCUCUAGGAUUGAAUGGAACUUAUAAAAAAUUAGAACAAAUAUUGGAUAGUACAUUAAGUGAGCUUCUAGAAAUAACACAAAAAACAAAUAGAAUAUCAGUAAAUGGCUUUAACUUCUUAGUAAAUAGUUAUUGGCCCGAAGUUGAACAGAGAAUAGAAGAUUAUUUACCAAUUAUAUUUGCACCAGGAAAUCCAGAAUUAUUUCACAAACAAUAUAUGGAAUCUUUGCACUUUCUUCUAACCCUAGAGAAAAAAUGUGAUACAAUAGAGUCCAUAAAUCAACUAAAAAAUCAUCCUCAAUAUGAGCGAUUUUUAAAAAAAUGGAAUUUACCAGUAUACUUCCAAAUACGAUUUCAAGAAAUAGCAGGAACCGUUGAAAGUAUUCUUUCUGCAAAUAUUACGUCAGCCUCCAUUCGAAACAAUACUAAUUCAAUCAGUGCCGACAGUUUUACUUUACAUGGAACGUGUAUCCUCUGGGACUGUAUCCAAAGGAUUUGGGCAAAAGAGGUUUAUCUCCCUCAACUUCUUCAUAGAUUUUGGAAACUGUGCCUUCAAUUAUGUUCUAGAUAUCAAAAAUGGUGUCGAUCUUCGUUAAAACAGGCCUGGCCUGUUGUAAAAGUAAAUGAGACCAGUCAUAAUUCAGGACCAGAAAAUUCAGAAAGACUUGAAUUUCUGGUUGGAUUAUAUACAGAUACAGAGAAAAUAUCUGCAAAAAUAUCUCACUAUACAGAGUUUGUUGAUAAAGUCGAAAACUUAAGUCCUAGUAUAAUUAAUUUAUUACAUGAUUGCAUGAAAGAAACAAUAAAAGAUUUCGAAGACUGUUUACCCCUCAUUACGCAGGAAAUAGUUAACGAACUUCUUCGAUAUAGUAUGACACAUUUACGACAAAUUAGUGACAUUCCAAGACUUUUUAGACGAACAAAUAGAGAAGUUCCAACGAAGCCCUGCGCCUACGUUAAAAGAGCUUUGGAUUUCCUGAUCACCUUUCGUGAGAAUUAUAAAAAUAUCAUAAAACAAACUAUUCAUCACUGGCUCGUAUUGACAUUAACAACCUUGACUCAGCAAUACAUGUCAUUAGUCAUAGAUGUAUUAACAUCGGUACAAAAAACGGAAGAAAGCUUAAGGAGAUUAAAGAAAAUUAGAGACAAAACAGCUGGAGUUUUGACUUCUGAAAAUCAAGGAAUAAGUGACGAUGAAAAAAUUCACAUUCAAUUAUUUAUCGAUGUUACGAGUUACAUACAAAUGAUUAAAGAAUUAGACGUAGAAGAAGAUAAUAUAGAAAACUUGAAAAAAUUGUUAGAAGUCGUAGAAAGUGCUACAAAAAAUAAAGUUGACCUGAAAUAA